UCUGUGUACAUAAUAAUGGCUGUUUGCGUUGCUGUAAUUGGAAAAGAUAAUUCUCCUUUAUAUAUCGGUGGGAUAGGUAACGAUACGAGUACAGACAACGAACUGUCCCGACAAUGGCUUGUACACACGGCAUUAGACGCGUUAGAAGAAAGGCUGGCCACUACCAAUAACAAUACAUCGGGCUCAAAUUCAAAUGCUACACGCACUGAUAUGCGUGAUUUAUAUUUGGGAUUGCUCUAUUCUACAGAUACACAUAAAAUUUAUGGAUAUGUAACGAAUACUCGUAUUAAACUCGUACUGGUCACGAGUUCAAGUUCGCCGAGCGGCAGCAAUAUUAGAGAUGCCGAAGUACGGACCGCCUUGCGCAGGCUGCAUGCUCUGUACGCUGACGCUAUUUGCAAUCCAUUCCACUUACCCGGAGAUCAAAUUACAUCGCAAAAAUUCGACAAGCAAGUAAAAAAUUUAAUGUUGAAUAAUGUAUAAACUGCUAGUUACAAGUAAUGUAACCUAACAUGUGUAAAAAUAUAUAAUUUAAUUUAAUUUGUAUUGAAUGUCUAUUAUUUUUAUUUUGUAUUGUAAUAUUCAAA